AUGCUUGUCCGCGACUUUAUAGACGAUUCCCUGUACAACCCUUCGUACGGCUAUUUCUCAAAGAAAGCGUACAUCUUUAGUCCAUCCGAAAACAUACCGUUCAAUGAAAUCCGAGAUACCUAUGCGUUCAUGAACCAUUUGUCCGACUUGUAUAAAGAAGUGGAAGGAGAGUACAAUGAUGUGAACGAUAUUGCAAGACAGGUUUGGCAUACUCCUACGGAAUUGUUCAAGCCAUGGUACGGGUACGCGCUGGCGAAGCACAUUGUAACAGAAUAUAAGCGUGAUGAUAAAGGGUCGACGGAUCUGAUUAUAUAUGAAGUUGGAGCUGGAAACGGAACGCUCAUGGUGAAUAUUUUGGAUUAUAUCAAGGAGCACGAACCAGAGCUGUACAGCAGAACGCGGUAUAGAAUCAUCGAAAUCAGUUCUAAAUUGGCAGAAAGGCAAUCGGAGAGACAAGACGUACGGCAAGUGUCUCAGAGGCACCAGUGCGUAGAGAUCAUCAACCAGUCAAUCUUCACUUGGAACACGCACGUUCCUGAUGCCUGUUUCAUUAUCGCGAUGGAAGUUAUCGAUAACUUUUCCCAUGAUUUGGUGCGAUACGAUUUCAAUACAGGGGCACCGAGACAAGGGGUAGUCCUAAUAGAUGAGGACGGGGAUUACCAGGAGGCAUACGAACUUCUAUCAGACCCCCUCAUUCAAAGAUAUCUGAAUAUCCGAGCUGAAAUUGGCUAUCGCUCGCCUCUCCUUACCAGCCGAUGGCGGAGGUAUCUUCGGUCAAUGCUCCCCUUUGCGCCUAACCUGACCGACCCCGAAUUCCUUCCUACCAUGUGCUUGAGACUUUUCGAUCAGUUGAACGAACACUUUCCUAAACACCGCCUGAUUAUUUCCGACUUUGAUUCACUACCAGACUCUGUUGCGGGGCUCAAUGCACCGGUUGUCCAAACUCGAUAUCAGGGAAUGAUGAUCCCGUGUUCAACGUAUCUGGUGCAACCGGGGUGGUUUGACAUCUUUUUCCCAACGAACUUUGAGUUGAUGCGGGAUAUGUACAAUGCCGUAUGUGGGAAAGGUGGACGCCAGAGUGCGAAGGUCGUGACACAGCAAGAGUUUUUAGAAAAGAAUGCUAACCUAUUGGCAACCAAAACUAAAUCGGGAGACAACCCGAUGCUUGGGUUUUACAAGAAUUUCAAAUUUCUAUUGUCGUAG